CAAUAGCGAAGCGUUCCGCCCCGGCCGGCCCGGGGCCGCGCCGAGCGGGGCCGAGCGGAGCCGAACCGGGCCGAGCGGAGCCGAACCGGGCCGAGCGGAGCCGAGUGGGGCCGGGGCGGCUCGGCGGAGCUCGGCGGAGCUCGGCGGAGCUCGGCGGAGUUCGGCGCGGAGGGAGCGGGUCCCGGGCCGGGCCCGGGUCUCGGCGAUGCGGCGGGGCCGGGCGGUGCUGCGGCUCGUCCCGCUGCCGCCGCCGCCGCCGGUGCCGCCGGUGCCGCCGGUGCUGGUGCUGCUGGUGCUGCUGGUGCUCUGCCCGGUGCCGGGGUGGGGCGGGGGGUGCCGGAGGACGGCGGGGGAGGGGUGCUGCACCCCAUGUCCCCCCGGUUUCGGCGACACCGAGCUCUGCGGCCACAGCGACACCCGCUGCCAGCCCUGCCCCCCCGACGAGGACCCGGAGUGCACGGAUGGGGACCCCCCCGGGGAGCCGGUGACGGGGGGCCCCUCGCCCGCCACCCCCAAAUUCGUGCCGCCACCGCCCGAGGCCACCGGCAAGGACAUCAUCCCCGUCUACUGCUCCCUCCUGGCCGCCGUGGUGGUGGGACUCCUCGCCUACGUAGCCUUCAAGUGCUGGCACACGUGCAGGCAGAAGCAGCAGCUGGCCAAGGCGCGGGCGGGCGACUUGGGGACGUCACCCGACGGGGAGAAGCUGCACAGUGACAGCGGCGUCUUCCUCGACACCCACAGCCUGCAGGAGCCCCACCAGCCCGGCAAGGCCCCCCGCCCCGAGGGGCACCCGUUCAGCGCGGUGCCGCCGCAGCGGCAGGAGGAGCUGGAGCGGCUGCUGGAGAGCGGGGGUCCCGGCGGGGACUGGCGCAGCCUGGCCGCCCACCUGGGCUUCAGCCCCGACGCCAUCGGCACCUUCGGCCGGGGCCGGGCACCCGCCCGCACCCUGCUCAGCGCCUGGGCGGGCGCCGAGGGGGCCACGCUGGAGACCCUCUGCCAGGCCCUGGCCGCCAUCGGCCGGCAGGACGCGGCCCGGCGCUUGGCGGGGUCGGGGGACGCCACCUCCGCGGUGUGACCGGGGGUCCCCGGGGCCCGCCGGGACAUGCCACGGACGCCGGGUGGGCUCGGUGGGAGCCCCCGCGUCUUCCUGCCACAAACCCGGUUGUGUUUUUUAAGUGGGUUUUGUACUUUUUUUUUUUUUGGGGGGGGGGGGGGGUGUGAUUUGGUGGCGGUGGCAGAGGGCGGGGGACGCGGCUCGUCCCUGGGUGGGCGCAUUAAACGUGUCACUGGGA